AUGGCUGAACUACUCUGUGACUCUUCUUCUAAGCAGUCCCUCAAUCCCCAAGAGCUAGCCUGUGACACCUCUUCUGAGGAGCCCCUCAAUCUCCAAGAGCCUCAGAAGGCCGGCCCGGCCACCAAACCAAAGCCCAGGCUCCCCAGCCACUCCAAGAGCAUGAGGCACCGCAGCCACUCCAGGUGUGGGGACAAUUUUGCCACCUAUUUCCCCAGGGUGCUGAAGCACAUCCAUUCGGGCCUCAGCCUCUCCCGGUCUAGCAUGAGCGUCCUGGACUCCUUCGUCCAGGACAUAUUCGAGCGCAUCACCAGCGAGGCCCGCCGCCUGGCUGGCCAGAACCAUCGCUCCACCAUCACCUCCAGAGACCUCCAGACAGCCGUGUGCCUCCUGCUGCCCGGGGAGAUUGGCAAGCACGCCGUGUAUGAGGCCACCAGGGCCGUCUGCCGCUCACAUUCCAGCAAGUGA